AUGCCUGUGUCCUCGCUCUCCUCGGCCAUCCUGGCCCACAUGAAGGCCAUCAACAACGUGCCGCCUCCCCCGCUCCGCAGCGUGCCUGCCUUGCAAAUGCCGAAGCACAUUGAUUAUGUUCAAUUGAAUGCAUUAUUCCACGUGAGCAAACAGCAGGCCAGCCGGAGUUCUCAGAGUGUCCUAUCAGCUCACCAGGAUGUGAUCAAGAAUUACCCAAGAAUAUUCCUGCAGAGAAAAUUCAGGCUGCCUAGACUUUCCCAACAGGGGGAGAGAAAAAAUCUGGCUGAGGACACAGAAAAGAGUCAGCGCCCAAAGCCUGAGAGCGACACCCACAACAUCUCCAUCUACCUCAAUCAGGUGCGCGGCAGCCACCCGUGUGAAUCCAAAAACUUUGAAGAGAAGGUGGAAGAGUUCCUGGCCAUCCUAAAGAAAUUGCCCAUUUACAGAAAACUGCAUGAACACAAGACCGUGUGGAAGAUGCUAAAAACAGUUCCAGAUUUAACUUGUCAGCUGACAGAUGACCAUCUGAAGACACUCAGCAGGAAUGUCAUUUCUGAAACCUGGAUAAAAGGCAGCACAGUGGUCGGCAGCGACGGCUUCUACGUGGUCCUGCGCGGCGUGGUGCGGGCGCAGACGCCGCUGUACAAGAGCCUCAUCGACGAGGAAGGCUCGCAGGCCGCCUUCGUGCCGCAGAGCUUCCACAGCUACGUGUGCGGCCAGGACCUGCACCCCGGCUCCGAGCGGCCGGCCAAGCCCUGCGGCACCCGGCUUGGACAGUGGAGCACCUUUGGGACCCUGGAAGUCACAGCUCAGGUCCAGGCGGAUCCAGCGGUGUACUCGGUGGUGACAGAAGAAGACUGCGAGCUUCUUAAGAUCUCCGCAGCCAAUUACGCCAAGUUAAAGUCGGAGAAAACCAAGCUUGAAAACAGACAAAUAGUGCAGCUGAUCCGCGGGUGCCCGUGCUACCAGGCGUGGCCCACCCUGGCCAUCCAGGAGCUGGUGCUGCUGGUGCGGUGGAAGAGGUUCCCUCAGGGUCAGGUGAUAGUGGAGAGUGGAACUGUAAUUCCUUUCGUGGUUUAUAUUAAUUCUGGACACUGUAACAUUUACAGAGAUAUUGUAGGACUCGUGAGAUUACAUCCAAGACGAGUGAAGAAGGUCCGGAAGCUGGUCUACAUGGGGCAGCUGCAGAGGCAGAGGUCCUUCGGCGAGCUCAGUGCACUGCUGCAGCAGCCCUUCACCUGCACCGUGGUGGCCGGGGCGGACGUGGAGGCGGCCAUCAUCCAGGACACAGACCUGCACAAAUUAGAUCCAGUGACCCAGCAACUUAUGCUCCAAACAGCUAAACCAACUUUUGGUCAUCUCAAAGAUGAAGAUAUCAGAUACAAGUAUUUGCAAAAAGAACUACAAAAGGAAUGGAGAACCUUCAAGGAUAAGACAGUGAGAGACGCCCUGCGUUACAAUGGGAUUGUUCCCGGCUUCGGCAGAUGGAACCACCACUGUGAGACCAUCCCCAAGAACCUCAAGGACACCCUGGUCACUUAUUAA